AGGUAAGUAUAUGUUUCUUUUAUCCAAUUUUAACUGAAAGUUGUUGUAUUAGAUACGUUUCUGUUUUUUUUUAGUGGAAAGAAGUUAAGGAACACUUUUUGUAAGGUAGUAAGGUCAGUUAUUGUGUAGAAGCUAAGGUAUAGUUUGUUGUUGUUGCGAAGCUUAGUGUUUUGUUUGUGUAAGUAAUUGUUUGUAGUGUGUAUUGUUUGUUGUAAACAUGGAAUUUGUUGAAAGAUAUGUAAACAAAUAUGCCUCAGCUGAUUACCAUUCAUGUGCAGAUGAGUCUGUGACACAUCAGUUUAAAAGUCUACUGACACAGUGUCAAAGGUACAACAAUAAAGUAAAAUGUAAUCAUCUUGCAAAAAUGGUAAAGAAAAUUAAAAUGGCUAAUGAAAUAUUAGCAUUAUUAAAGAUGAAAGUUAUUGCUGAGAAUAAGGCAGAACAGUGGAGAAAUGAAAAGGUCCAGUUUAGAGAAGACUUGGAAAAGUUUGGUGAGUCAAUUAUUGUAGCAGCUAGCACUUCAGAAGAGCAUAUUUCAGAAUUAGAAGAACUGAGGGAGAAGGUAGAACUGUUAGCCAAACAGAAUGAUUUGUUAGAAGAAAAGUUGAAGGAUUGUGAGGAGAGGUGCAGGCUCAGAGAACAAGAGGUGAUAUCUUUAGAAAGCAAGGCUGGAUAUGAACUAAAUGUCCCAGUAAGUGUCUGCCCUGUUACUGAGCAAGAGAUAAAAGAUGGAGAACAAGGUAUAAGACCACAAACAUUACCUAGUCCAACUCUCUUUAGCCCCCAAUCAGAAUGUGCCAGACAACGAAUCAAUAAUACAUAUGUGCCAACUGAUAAUAAUAUUCAUUCAAACUCAGCACUGAAAAUACAAGAGGUUAUAAGUUUGACCCAGAUAUUGGGAAAGUUUGACACUAAUUUAUCCCCUAUUAGCCUUUACAAUAAAUUAGAAGCCGUGGUGAAACAAUAUAACCUUGGAAAUAAAGAUGCAUGUGCCUUGCUUAGAGCAUGGCUCCCAUAUCAGUUGGCUGCAGAACUUAGGCCUCCGGUUGGUAAGCACAUUGGGACAUUGUCCAAUAUCAAUGAAAAUUGGGGAAGUACCACUGAAAGGUUAAGAGAGUUGCAAAGGAUUUUGGGUGGGCGUGAUAUAAGAGGUACAAAUGCAUUGGAGAAUGCAAGGUAUAGGAAAGGAGAUGAUCCAAUGUUAUUUUGCACUGAUUAUCUCUCCCUAUAUAAAGUUGUAUUCAACUGCCCUGAUAUGUUGCCAGAUGAGCCCAAUUUCCUCUACUCAAUGGCAAAUAAAUGUAAUGUUGAUUACAACACAAGAACUGCCCUUAGGUAUGCCACCUCAUACAACAACUUUAUAAAUACACUUAGGGAUUGGUCUCAGGAGUCUUUUGAAUUCCAGAGACAUAUUUCUGUUGCUUAUAAAAAAAAACAAAGCAGGAGAUUUCCACUGAAAUGUUACAGUUGUGGUAAGUAUGGUCAUAUUGCUCGAUUUGCAGAACUUCUGCCAAUCAGCAUGAUACUUACCCAAUCCAUUCAAUACAGAGACAAGAGGGGGAUGCACAGGAAAAUCUAAAUGAUUAUCUCCUAGACCAUAGCCCUCCCUCAGAGACUGAAACUGUUGUCUCCUCUGAUAACAUAGACACAGGUUCCAAUAGUGCAGGAGAUCAAAAAGAGAGCCAAAAUGAGC